AAAGAAGUAUCAGAGUGAGUGUAUGUGUGCAUGUGAAGCAGAAGGAGGGUGGUCACUAACAGGGGAAUAAAAGGAUAUGGAGGGGGUGGCUUGACACAAUACAUCUGUGGUUGCAGUAACGAGAGAGAGAGAGUUCUGAACUUAUGUAAGAAGGAGUGGAGGUAAGAUAAGAAUGCGAAGCUGGGUUGGACAAUAUAAACCAAAACAAGAGAGAAAAUACAUUGCCUGUAGUGAGGGAAGAGAAAGGAACAGGGGAAGGAGAAGCAGAAGGACUGCUUGUACAGAGACAAGUAGAGACUGAAAAGCUGAGAAGUGUUGCUAAACAGGAUACUACUGAAUUCCAUUCAACAUGGAAAAUAUGGAGCUGCCACCUCGACCAAAUCUCUUUGACUUCCAUGGAGUCUCCAUGACCCACUAUUUCACUGACAACUGGGAGAACAUAAAAAACUUCCAGGCCAGGCCAGAUGAUAUCCUCAUUGUCACUUACCCCAAAGCAGGUACCACAUGGGUCUCCUACAUUCUAGACCUGCUGUAUUUUGGUCAGACAGCCCCUGAGCGUCAGAUUUCACUGCCUAUCUAUGAGAGGGUGCCUUUCCUGGAGAGUGACUUCCAUAUUCUCCCUCCAGGAACAGAGCUGGCAGACAAGUUAUCCACCUCUCCUCGCCUCAUCAAGACUCACCUCCCAGUCCAGUUGGUACCCAAGUCCUUCUGGGAGCAGAACUGCAGGGUAGUGUAUAUGGCCCGUAAUGCCAAGGACAAUGCAGUGUCUUAUUUCCACUUUGACCGUAUGAACCAGGCACAGCCAGAGCCAGGAGACUGGGACAACUUCUUACAGAGAUUCAUGGAUGGAAAGAUGGUGUUUGGUCCCUGGUACGAACAUGUAACUGUCUGGUGGGAGAGGAAACAGACUCACUCAAAACUCCACUACGUUUUCUAUGAAGAUAUGGUUGAGGAUACGGGGAGAGAGCUGGACAGGCUGUGCUCCUUCCUAGGUUUGUCUCCUUCAGCAGAGGAAAAGGAGAGGGUGAGAGGAGGAGUGCAGUUUGAUACUAUGAAGAAGAACAGCAUGGCCAACUAUUCCACCGUUCCAAUCAUGGAUUUCAAGAUCUCUCCAUUCAUGCGAAAAGGAAAGGUUGGUGACUGGAAGAAACAUUUCACUGUAGCCCAGAGUGAACAGUUUGAUGAAGACUAUAAGAAGAAGAUGAAGAACACCACCGUACAGUUCCGCACUGUAGUCUAGGGGUUGUGGUCAAGUUGAUUGUCUGAUUGUUUGUGGUCAGGUUGAUUGAUUGUGUAUUUGGCGCACAUAGACUUACGAUAGGCUUGGCUGGGGUGUCAGUCUUCCAUUGGUCCACAGUUAACUGGGUUAUAGUGUUGAAUAUACAGGGUGAGGAUCAUAUCGUAUCAUAUCCUGGAGUGUGAAUGAGAAAGAUCAUGAAGUGUCUUAUAUCAUUUUUUGAGAAUGAUUGAUGCUACUUUGAGAUAUGAGCUAUAGGUUGAGAACUAAAAACAAAAGUAAAAUGAGGACAUGCUGAACAGAACAUUCUUAGCAAUGUGAGCUAUUUGUAAAUCCUCUUGCCUGGUCUGUUUUUCAGAGUCUGAGAAAAAAACAGUGAGAGUCGAUACAGUAAUAAAUAUGUAAAUGGUGAAGAGUA